AUGUCUUUGGAUAGGAACAUAGGAAUGAUAACGAGUGAUACCUACAUAAAAUUAGACAUUAGACUCAAAUAACUAAGUACAAAGUUUUUAAGCACUUCGCACCAUACUGCCUGAUUAUUUUUAAGUUUCUGUAUUUAUAAACGUUUCAUUUUGUGUCUCCCCUCUUGCUUAUGUCUAUAUAGUGUUGAUCAUCAGUCGACCUGCUCGGACGGAACUGAAUUGACACUAUGACUGUUUUCCAUUUUGUGAACUGUCUGGCUUUGGCCUGUGUACCUUACUAUUUCAUUUACAAAUAUUCAGUUGUGUCGGAAUACAGCUCUGUAUGGAAAUGCGUUCAAGCCGGUGGCAUUUACGUCUUUACCCAGCUGUGCAAGAUGCUGGUUCUUGCAACGUUCUUUCCCACCACAGACAUUAGUGGGUCUGGGUCUUUCGAUUUUAUUGGUGAGCUUUUAAAAUCAAUUGUUGACAUCUCAGACCUAGUUGGUCUUUACAUUGUCUUGCGAGGAAUCCCUGGCAAAGGUCAUGCCAAAGUCUUGACGGCAGGCGUUGGUUGGGCAGGAGCAGAACUGGUUUUCACACGUUUUUUGCUACUGUGGAUUGGAGCUCGAGGAGCUGAAUUUGAUUGGAAGUACAUCCAAAAAUGUAUUGAUUCCAAUAUCAACCUGGUUCAGCACAUAACAACUGUCACCCUGGUUUGGCUUUGGUCGAGGCAUAAUCUUCCGCGACCUUUGGCACCCAUCAUCUCAGUUCUGUUGGGGCUCAGCUCAUUCAAACCUUUCUUUGCAGAAUUGAUCAUGCAUGCUGCUAAACUUGGUCCUUGGAUCUCUGUACUCUCUCGAGCUGUUUAUACUAUUUGCCUCUCAAUGGCGACGCUCCAAAUCUAUGCUGGAAGUGGUAUUAAUCUUGGAUCCUAUUGAAGUAUUCUUACUUUGAAGUUGUGGGUUGAAUGUCUCCUUUGCGAGAAUAUAGCUCGUUAUAGUACCGAAUAGUUGGUUCCAUAUCUUAGAAACGUUUCAUAGGUACCAAGAAUAAAAAUUACUUCAGGAUUUUACAAUUUCACAUGGUUUUGGAAUGUUGAGGAAAAAGGAUACAAAGGAAACAUUAUGUCGGCAAUGCGGAGAUAACUCAGUAAACGAUUUAGGUCUACUUGAUCUGUGAAUAAAUUAUGUAGUAUUUAUUGAAAUGGAAUCAAGUGACAUCACCUGUUGCUGAAUUUCAAUGUAAAAUGCACUUUAUUAUAAAAGAACGGUUAAGCUAAUUCUUCAAAAAUUUUAUGGGAUUUCUUUUAUGGCUUAAAGAAAAUUCUUGGAAAUUUUAAGAAAUGGUAAUUUUGUUCUCUUGUAAACAAAUGAAUUAGGCAAUGAUAUUUGGCACAAUACCAUGGCACAGGUGAACAUUUCGUUAGAGGGGUCAUUCCAUCAUCUAAUCCCUGCUCACAAGGAUACUGCGCAAUAUUCAACAUAGUUGACGCCAAUCCGCCAAAACACAUGUGACGGGACGAUGAUUCUAACCACUUCAUAACAAUCAGCCUGUUUACAUUCACAUUUUUCUCGCAUUGAUAGAUAUCUGCCUUGAUUGACCCCAUGCUCUCCUCAACUUGCGCAUGGAAGCGUCGGCCAUGUUGAGCAGGGAUUGAAUGGAACGAGUCCCCUAACGAAAUGUUCACCUGUGCCGUAGUUUCUUCAUGGAAGCGGGAAGCUUGUAAAAACGCAAAUUUCUUACGCAGAUUGUGAAGUUAGAAGUGCAUUUCAGAGUUUCAUGAUGUUCACCUAUGAAUUUAUUUGAAAUUUUAAGUAAUGAUGCAAGGAGGUAGAAAAUUUGGUAAUCAGUAUUUUAAGUUUAAUUUAUUUUCGUUUUUUCUCUGUUUGGUAUAUUUUUGAAUUUCCUUAAAGUCAUGAUUUAUUUAAUUCUAAAAUGAUCGUAAUUUUAUUCUCGUCAAUAUUCUUUUAAAGCCUUAGAUUUUUCACUCUUGUAGAAUGAAAACAUAUUAUGGAUGAAAAAAACAGUUACAUACUUCUGUUAGUAUUUGGACUAUUCAAUUUAUAAAGUGGAAAAAAAACACUAUGGAAAGUUUUUUUUUAACGGAGCAGUUAUUUUCUUUCCUAGAAAAUUAUAGGGAAGAUUCCAUGCCCCCCUCUUUUAGCGUAUUUUUUUUGUUUGCUUAAGGUUAAGAGCCUGUUUUGUGGGAUCAAAUAUCUGUCCAACUUUAAUGAUCUAAAUUCAAUGCCACUGUCUUUUUCAUGAUUUUUAGGGUCAAUUUUACCAGUACAAUAGAAUUUUCUUUUCUCAUGGAAAUUGCAUCAAAGAAGUGGUGUCAAUGACUGAUUACUUUUAUGUAUCUUAGCAUCAGAUUAAUUCUUUGGGUCAACUAGUUCACUGUAAGACCCAGAGGACCUCUUUUUUUGCUCUCACUUUGAAUAGAACUACAGAAAAAAAAGGAGAGAACUAUUAUUUUGUGAUGUAAUGAACACACCUGGCCAGACUCAAAGCAAGAGGGCAAGAAUGUUGGGCAAUGAAAGUUUCUGUCUGUCACUUCGUAUCUUAAUACAACUAAUCCUCAAAGGGGUGUAGGGAAAUUUCCUCUCUAUUAAAUACGCACCUCAGCUGGCAAAAAUAAUGUAUAAAUUAGAGUUAAUGAGGCUGAUUUUAGUCUGUAUGAAAAUCCCUCGUCUCAAAGAUUGAGGAUUGAAACGAGGAUAUGUACUAUGUACUAUUUCAUGGUAUAAUAAUGGCAGAUGAUGAAGCUUUCAGCUUUAGUAUUUCAUAAUUAUGAACGUUGCAAUGUACAGAAAGGCCUCAAUUUAUCGAAUUUCAUGGUACUAACAAAUUGAUCUGUGCAAUCGCAAAAUCCAUUCAUUCGAAUUAGCUUGAUGCCCUUGAGGGGACCUGGAAAUCAAUCGUAGAAAUUGCAGCCUGAAAAAUUGAGGUCCUACUGUACUGCAAAGACAGUAAAAUAGAGGCUUUCUUUGUUCCAAUUCUCCUUUUAUAGUUGUUUUGAGAGCAACAUGUUGAUAUUUCUUGAUGCAAGGUAUAAGUAACGAAAUUCCAUAAUUUUCCCCAUAGGCUUGUGAUUAUUUAAGACAAACCCUUUCAGAAUGAAGGGUCCGAACUUAGAAAAAUGUUCUUUUUGUACUAAUUGUCAACAAUACGAUUCCAUUUUAGAAUUUGUUUCCUGCCAAUCAAUCAUGAUAAUACAUUCCCAGAAAAAUUUCUAGCAAAUCUGUGGCAUUAUUCAUCAGUUUUCAACCUUUGGGUUCUAGUCUUAUUUGGAAAAUUUUCAGUUGUCUCAGAUUUGAUAAAUUUAUCUUGAGAAAGAGCUUAUUAACAGAAGGAAAUUUGAGUUCAGCCCCUAAAGAAGACUAACUUCAGCAGUGAAAGAGCUCAGUAUUACCUGUUGCACUUUUGUCUUGCUUCAGGUCAUGAAUUGUCAGUGGAAUAUCAUGGAUGAGAAAGUAAUUUAAGAUGUGGGAUUUUGUUAGUAGGGUUUUGUAGUUCUCAAUAUUUACAAGUUAGUGAUUUCAAUCGCUUAUUGUUUCCUUACAUUUUGGUUAAGUGAACUUUUAGGUCGUAUUAUUUCUUGUGUUGAGUGUUUUUCUUGUUUAUCUUUGUACCAAUCCUCUUACUAUUAAAUAUUUAUUACUUUGUGUUAAAA